AUGGACCCUUGGAGUUGCACAAAUCAAACGGAUUUUUUGUGGUCUAAUUCUACAUCAAGGUCUACGUAUCAACUUGGUUUACCACACGGUGAUAAAUCCGAAGGUCCGAAUGGAUUUGAAGACAAUUUUAAACCACUCGUAAGUGACACACUACCCGAUUCCCAGGCAUACCUUGCAGGUUUAGAGACAAAACUAGCAAAACUCAAGUCAGAUCCGAACGUUCUCCAACAACUUGCUGAGAAACGUGAAGCCUGCUUGCGACAACUUCUGCUUACCAACUCCGAAUCUGACACCGACAUCUCCCUGGACACGCCGAUUGAACCGUCGCCGAUCUUGCGUACGAUUGCACCAUCGAAACAGGCACUAACGGAAGGUGAACUCGUCACCUUAAUUCAAUACGACCAGUUGGUUAACGGGGAACAACAAUCAAAACCAAACACUGACUAG